AUGACCUUCAAGUCUGCUACGAUGGAUAUUGAGCUUUUUGAGUCGGCCGAAUUUGCCGACUGCAAGGUCAUUUGCAACGGCCGAGAGUUCAGCACACACCAGCUUAUUCUCUCAACUCGAAGCCAGUACUUCCGCAAAGCAUUCAGUGGACCUUGGAAGGAAUCCCAGACGCGUGAGGUGAAUCUUGAUGAUCACGAGCCUGAGAAGAUCGAGUGGCUUCUUCGUUUCAUCUACCACCAAGACCUCAAGUGGCACAGAGAUUAUGCGAUAUCGAAAAGCAGAAACGGCUUCCUGGCCAUGCUUGUUGAGCUGACGAUCCUCGGCGAUUACUUCCUCACGCAAGGCCUCAUCGAUGCUGCCAGCGAGGCUGCUGUCGAUGUCUGCAGCAGCUUUGGCGUCAAGUCCUGGGCACUCGGUUUUCACGACGACAUCGACGACGCCGGAGAUCUAUACUUUGCAGACACCCCCACCAAAUCCUUCAAAGCGUUCAUCCAUGACCUCAUGGAAGCUAUUGCUCUCACGUCUAAAACCAGUGGUCCCACUCGUCAGUUCCGUGAGCUCUUUGUGAAGUUCAUGACCCACAACUUUGGGUUGAUUCGAGGACUUUCAACCUGGGGCGUCAGACAUUCCGAGGCAGAGACCGAUUUCUGGCUCAAAAUGGUGUCCCAUUUGCGACACGAAGUUGUUGGUGUGCUGGGCCUUGAGGAUGAAAUGAAAGCUACUUUGUUCGACACUGUCUUUCCCGCUUCCCCAGAAAGUGUGAUACACCCUCUUUUCUACGUUGGAUAUGAAAUGGAAUAUCAGUUCUCCGAUCCCAACCGUUUUCGGAGUUGCGAUGGAUGUCAGGCGAUAGUCUUGAGUCCUAUCGUGGCCAGUAAUGGACACUUAUGGUGCCUGUCCUGUGCAAAGGCAGGUUCCAAAAACGCCUGGAGCAAAGUUAUGCUAGCAGGCAAAACUCCCCGGCAAGGACAGACUGAAAAGGAAAAGGUUGAGGAGAAAAAGACCCGCAAGCGUCGGCAAGGACGCAAGAAAUGA